AUGGAUGGCGUUUCUGGAGUGACUGACGCAGAGGUGCUAACAAUUCACCAUUCAGAUCCUGACGUACCAAUCUCCCGUCUUAAUCAAGUCGUUGCACUUAAGUUAACAGUAAUGUUGGUACCUAAUGGUCUUGGCUCAUUCUUAUCGAAAAGCUAUUCCAACUAUAAAGCGUCAUUUCUAAAAGACACCAUUGUUGUUGUACAUGGAGAUGAUUUUAUCAAUUUUAUUCUAAAGGAUGUAAUUGGCCACCAAGAUAAUCAACACAAUGAAUGCUUCAACUUUUCAAUCAAAGCUUGCCAACUGAUGGAACAGUUACAGAAGUGUGGAGUUCAACCAAUUUUCAUUUUCAGUGGCUACAUUUAUAAUACUCAAUAUCAGUUGCAUAGUAGUAAUCAAAUUUCAUCUAUGAUCAAUCGCUACAAACCAACUUUUGUGAAUAUUUUAAACCACUUCAACACGGCAUACAUGACAUCGUUUUUCCUGGGUCAAUUUGAUGCUGCUGUCUUAUCAAUGUAUUUAAACUGUCCGCUUAUAGCAUCCAAUUAUGAUAUAUACUACUUGUUGGCUGUUCAAGUUAAUGCACAGAAGGCAGAUAUUAUUCAAGAAUUAACUUACAUGCCUAUUCACCUUCUUGACUUUUCUAUCUGUGAAAAUGAGUCUCUUAUCUUAUGUCAUGCUUUCCAACAAAAGUCUGCUAAUCUCUCAUCAGUGACAUCUUAUUUGAGGCCGUUGUUAAGUGUUUUAUACUCUGAAAGUUCAGAAAUACGCUCGCAUAUAUGUGAGCAAAUUAAUUGUAAUCAGACAAAGUAUGCCAGUGUGACUAACGCUGACGCCAGCCUGCAAGAAUGGCAGCUUCUAGUUGACUGGCUUACAAAUUUAUUCGCUAUGAAUUCUGUUGCAACCUAUGAAUAUGUCAUUGAAUUAUUUGAUAUAACAAAGCAACCAGCUAUUAAUGCCUACCUACUGGAUUGCACUGCCUUUCAUAUGAGUGAUUUUCCAAAGAAUGGACAUCUAAUAGCAUCUUACUUGAAUCUCACGCAAUCAAAUUCUUCUGCGUGUUUGAGUACACUAGCUGAAAUUGUUAACACAACGCCAAACAUGUCUGAAUCAUGGGACCAAUUGAACCAAUGGGCGAAAUCAUUCAAUGUUAACCUGAUGAGUAAAUUCAGUUACCCUGAGAAUUGGCCAGUUAAUUGGAUAGAAGUAUAUCGUAGAGUGAAAUUAUCCCCAGUCAUUAUUAAUGUCCUGUGUCAAUCAAAUCAAUCCGUUGAAAAGUCAUUUCCAUCAGUACAUGCUUAUGCUGUCAAUUUAAGGUGGAUCACCUACUGUACUCUUCAGGGUUUAAAAAGUCGUAAUAAUAUGGAAGAGAAUGUAAGUAUAAUCGACUAUGCAUGGUAUGAUGAAACAAUGAAUGAAAUCACUCUUAAUAUUACUCCACUAAUGAAAACUCCUUGUGGAAGUAUUUCAGUGGAUGAAAUAUUAAACGAUAAACUUAACAUCUUGUUUCCUCCGAAAAUGUCAGAUAAUGUCUGGACUUUCAGUUUAGCCUUUACUUUGGCCUUUUGGUAUAAACAAUACUGUCUUGAUGACCCAAGCUGUGCAGACAGUUUCGAAAAUUCGCCAAUCGGUUUAGCUAUUGCAAUCUGUGCUAUCGUCAGUUUAUUCAAUUUUGAAUUCGCCAGGCACACGGUACUCGAAAACUACCAACGACUAGUUGUUCUUAUCAGAAAAGACGUAGCCGACUAUCGUGGAAGAAAUCCACCCACAGAACAGUCAAGAAGUCCGGAGACAAUAACUGCGAAGAAUUUAGCUAGUUUACUUGCUGUACAACACAUUUACAAUGAAUUGCAAACUGUUGUCUCAUUGCUUAACUAUGUGAUGCUGAGUGAUGAACUUAAAUCGAAAUUGUUUCGCUUUCAACCCUGUUGGGUUCUAUUUCCCUCCAGUGAUUUAGUUGACUGUUUUUCGCACUUUUUACACAUUCAAUUACCUUCAGUUCGAUUUAUUCAUCUUCGAGGUUACUGGCUGUCUCGUCUGUAUUGUGAGAAACGAUCAGAAAGUAAACUGACAAAGUUAAAAGAUGAAUUUACGCAUUUAGUUAACACUGUCGCAUCGCUUUGUGAAGGACCAUCUAUGCUAAAUGUAAAGCCGAUCAAUAUGAAAGAAGUUGGUAAAUUUCCCCAUAAUUAAUUUCCAUAAAUUUAUUUAUGUAUUUACACAUCCAGUUGAAGAUUAUUACUAUUAUUAUUAUAUAAUAUUGUUCGCAAACAAGACUAAUAAACUCCAUCAGAUUUUAACAUAUUUUAUUUUUGUUUUUCUAUUGUUCAUUCAUUAAUAGUUUGUUACUCAUUAAUUAAUUAUUUAUUUAUUUAUUAAAUUGCACAUGAAUUUUACACGUGUUUUUGUUUUGUCGAGUAUUUUAU